AUGAAGAAGAAGAAGAAGAAGGUCGCCGUUGCCGAACCUGAAGAAUCGCCCGCCUCCCCCGCUCCCGCCGUCGAAUCUACUCCUGAGCCUACCCCUGCUGCGGCUCCUGCCGCUCCCGAGCCUGUUGCAGAGGCGCCUGUGGCGGAAUCGAGCGAGAAGCCGGCAGAGGAUGGUGGUGAUCUGUUUGCAGACUUGAAGAAGAAGAAGAAGAAGAAGAAGGAUAUCCCCCUCGACCUUGAGGACGCACCCGCGCCUACCGCUGACGGCCUCGACAUCCCCAUGAAGAAGAAAAAGUCCAAAAAGACCACCGACUUUUCCAAAGAGCUCGAAGAGCUCGAAACCGAGCAGAACGAAGCCGCCGCCGACGACGGCGACCUCGGCGACGACCCCUUCUCCACCAAAGCCCCCGGCGCCGACCCCUCCGCCAGCGAGCUGCUCGAAGCCGGCAAAGAACCCUGGGUCCUCGAGGCCCGCGAGCCGACGUAUGCCGAGCUGCUGAAACGGUUCUUCUCCCUCCUCCACGCGCACAACCCCGAGCUCGCGGGGGAGAAGCGCAGAUACACGAUCGUGCCGCCGCAAGUGCAGAGGGAGGGCGCGAAAAAGACCAAUUUCGCGAAUGUGAUGGAUAUCUGUAGGAGGAUGAGGAGGCAGCCGGAGCAUGUGAUCAUGUUUUUGUAUUCGGAGCUGGGUACGACGGGGUCAGUGGAUGGGACGCAGAGGUUGGUGAUGAAGGGAAAGUUUACGCAAAAGCAAAUCGAGAAUGUCCUGAGAAAGUACAUUGUCGAAUACGUCACCUGCAAGAUCUGCAAAUCCCCCGACACCAUCCUCGGCAAAGAGAACCGUCUCUACUUUAUGACCUGCGAGUCGUGCGGGUCUAGACGCUCCGUCUCAGCCAUCAAGGCCGGUUUUCAGGCCCAGGUCGGGAAGCGUAUCAAGACUGGAUAG